CUCCCAAUGCUCAAACUCGACAGCUGCUACGAUUGAACAGCAUGUUCCGUUCUUCCGCAUUCAAGUCCAUUAUUAGCUGACAUUUUAAGCGCAAAAAUAUAAAUGUAUAGAUUAACGUACGUGUGAAGAUAAGAAGCAGUGUGUGGUUAUCAAGGUGUCCAGACAGAACCGUUUUAAUGCGGAUAUAUGGAGCACGCAGAGUCAACACAGAAAUAGACGAGUGUCACGACCACAGAGAAACCCAUGGCUUCGGCUCAACCUCCAAACUUCUCCUGGGUGGACCCCGGUAAAGUGGCCGGUCUGGCGAUGCCGCGGAUGACGGCGCACUAUCAGUACCUGCUGAAUAACGGGAUCAAACACCUGGUGACCCUGACCGAGCGAAAACCACCUGACCACGACACCUGUCCAGACCUCACCCUCCACCACAUCAAGAUAAUCGACUUCUGUCCGCCUACAUUUGAGCAGAUCAACAGAUUCCUGACCAUAGUGGAGGAGGCCAAUGCCAGCGGACAGGCUGUCGCGGUGCACUGUUUGCAUGGUUUUGGACGUACGGGGACGAUGCUUGCCUGCUACCUGGUGAAGAGCAGGAAAAUCAGCGGAAUCGAUGCUAUUAAUGAAAUAAGACGAAUCCGCCGAGGGUCCAUCGAAACCAGAGAGCAGGAACAAAUGAUUGUGCAGUUUUAUCAGCAAAACAAAGUGUGAAACAAGAAGAUUUAAAAUCAUUUAUUUUUGUGAUGCAGAUGUACAUGAAUGAUAUAAUGUAAGCAAUAAAGACUUAUUUAUUUCCAA